AUGGACUUCUUCAGAAUUAAGGCGUUCAGCACAAAUUUGACGCGAACCCCUAGGAGUAUGGACCGUAUCUGGGCUCCGCUUGGUCUUCCCGCUGGAUCUUUCCCAGAACCACAACUCUCCCAGUACCGCCAGGAGGUUAUUCAAGUCCUCCGCCAUGUCUGGGAUCCUGAGUACAAUAACUGGCUACCGCGCCCAUGGCAGAAAUUCUUUGUGCCAAGGGGUACCAUUCAACGCUUCGAAUGGGAAAUCAUGCGAUUCCAAAAUUUCCUACCAGCACCAGUCCUAGCAAUGCAAGGUAGAGUAGAUCUUGGCCAAAGGCUCGUUGACCUUCUUAGAUACGAAAUCCGACUUAACCCAGACUUCAGGACUCUUGGUACUGCUGUCCCGGUCAUGCCGUGGGUGCUUCCUGCUGCCUGGGCCGGCAAUGCUCCCGACGUUUACCCGCCGCCUGCCGCGCUCCGAGGGGGCGCUCCACCAAAUAUCAUGCCACCAGAGGUUCAAACCUCCCCUGGUCCUUUAAGUUCCUUUAACCCUGUGGUCGCUCCUUUGCAGGUCGUACCCAAUCUCCCGGACAUGAUUGAAACUGCCCGGGCCACAGUGCCCGGUGUCUGGCUUGGUCCUCCCCGACGUCGCCGGUCUACUGCACCCACCCCGCCUACUGCAUUUCCCGCGUCUACUGCAAAUCUCCUGUCUACUGUCGAUGGUGCUGCUGAUAGUGCCGGAGAUGGUGCCGAAGAGGGUGCCGAAGAGGGCGUCGAAGAUGAUGCCGAAAAUGAUGCCGAAAAUGAUGCCGAAAAUGAUGCCGAUGAUGAGUUACAAGAUGAAUCCGAAGACGAGUCCGAAGAUGAUUCCGACGAUGAUAAUACAGAUCCCCCGCCCCGUGGACAAAAGCGUGAUCGAGAUGAAGACGACGACGAGGAUGAAGCUGAGCACCCAGCUACUAAGCGAAUCACUUCACGAACAGCUUCACUUUUGGUUGGUUUUUAG